UUCCCAAAAAAUAGGAAAAGAGAUUCCGUAUGUACAAACAGCCGCCACGAAUUCAUUUUUUGCUUCUCAGUUCAGCUUCUCCAUGCAAAUAUUAAUUAAAAAUACUAAUAAAUCAUAUUUUCCACCACCAAGAAUCGCAGAAAACCCCUAGAAAUUUCAUCAAUUUUAAUACAAAAAACAAAAAUAGUUCUUCCCCAAAAGCUGCAAAUUCUUUGAAAGAUACCCAAAAAUUAUUUCGAUUGAUUCCUAUACAAAGAUACAAUUUUUGAUGGUUGGAUCAUCACCAACAAAACAGGGGUUGUCUUCAUGGAUUGGGGCAGCUACUGCAACAAGAACCACCGUUGAAUUAGACAAAAACGUCGCCGUUUCUGAUGGGGACUCGCCUUCACAUUCUAACAACUUUACGGAUGUCAAUUUGGGUUUUGGAGAGAGGGCUAUUUCCGCCGCCGGAGCUGCUGUUAUCUCCGCCAUCCUCGUCAACCCUCUUGAUGUUGCAAAGACAAGGUUGCAAGCUCAGGCUGCUGGUGUCCCUUAUGACAUCCUGUGUAAUUUGGGACAUCUUCAUUCAAAUACAGUGCUGACAGGUGUGAAGUUCAACUCGUCAGGCACUCGUGCCGUUCUUGGUGCUGAACCAACAUGUUCUCCAGAGUGUUUUCGAUAUAAAGGAACGCUUGAUGUCUUUUAUAAAGUAAUACGUCAGGAAGGAUUUACCAGAUUGUGGAGAGGCACUAAUGCAAGUCUAACAUUGGCAAUCCCUUCUGUGGGGAUCUAUUUGCCACUUUAUGACAUUUUCUGCAACUCUAUGGAAGAGUAUACAUUACGUAAUAUACCAAUUGCUACACCAUAUGUCCCCUUGGUAGCAGGAUCCUUAGCACGUUCCAUUGCUUGCAUCACUUGCUAUCCAGUUGAGCUUGCAAGAACACGUAUGCAGGCCUUCAAAGACACAAAAAAUGGUGUGAAGCCCCCAGGAGUGUGGAAGACGUUAGUUGGGGUCGUUUCUCCCGUCAAUAGUGUAAACAGCUAUCAAAAAUCAAUGCAAACCUACCGCCUCCUCUGGACUGGUCUGGGGGCACAACUUGCUCGUGAUGUUCCUUUCUCUGCAAUUUGCUGGUCUACUCUUGAGCCAGUUAGGAGGAAGCUACUAGGCGUUGUGGGUGAUGAAGCAAGUGUGGCGACUGUCUUUGGUGCAAACUUCUCUGCUGGAUUUGUUGCAGGAAGUCUUGCAGCUUCUGCAACAUGUCCUUUAGAUGUUGCAAGAACUAGGAGACAAAUAGAGAAUGAUCCUGAACGAGCACUGAGGAUGACCACAAGACAAACAUUGGUUGAGAUAUGGAGGGGUGGGGGAUUUAAGGGGUUGUUCACUGGAAUUGGCCCCCGAGUUGCCCGAGCUGGACCUUCAGUUGGCAUCGUUGUUUCUUUCUACGAGGUGGUAAAAUAUUGUUUGCGCCAUAGGCAUAUGCAUCGGCAGAGCGAAAGUGCUGAUCUAUAGCAUUGUGAUCUAUCUUCCAAGCCAAUGAGGGAAGUGAUAUUAGCACAACUUGUACCAAUAAGAGGUUGAAGAUCUAAAGGACGAUAUUCAAUGAAAUGUGAUCUCCUGAAGACCCGACUGUUGCAGUGAUUUGGCUCAUCGCAGGGUGAUUCCUUCUUAGCCAAUUUUGCUGGUGAGGCUUGAAGGUUAUAGUUUAUUCAAGCAAGUGGAGAAGUUUCUCCAGUGAUGAAGCUGUAUGUGUGACAGCCAGUUAUGCCUUUGUAAAUUCAAAGCCACUGUCCCACCGUAACUAUUGUCGUACAUACAGAUUCAUAAAAAGAAAAUAAAACUGUAAUGUACCCUUCUGUGUUUCAGAAACUUUAGACAGUAAACAAAAGAAACUAGGCUGAUGUGUUGCUUGGAAGUGGGAUAUAAAAUCAGUUUGUAGGAAACUUCCUGGAGGGACAAUGUACUUGGGGUUGCUUGCAAA